AUGCCGACUACUAAUGCUGGAAACUUUGACAUCAAAUCCCAUGUUAUGAAUAUGAUCACGGGAAAUCAGUUCUAUGGUCUUGACAAUGAAGAACCCGUUGAUCAUCUACAGAAAUUCCUUCAAGCAUGUUCUUUACAAAAGAUUACUGGGAUGACUGACGACGAGCUCUACUUGUACCUUUUUCGUUUCUCUUUGGCGGGCAAGGCUCAACGUUGGUAUAACUCUCUUCCCAAUACCAUUACUACUUGGGCGCAAUUGUCUGAUGUUUUCCUAGUGAAGUAUUAUCCCGGUUAUAAGACUCAUGACUACAGAGUUAAGCUCUAUAGUUUCUCACAAGAUGCGGGGGAGACUUUUCAUGAUGCGUGGGAGAGAUUCAAAGAUUACUAUUAUAUGUGCCCUCAUCACGGUAUUGAGAAGGAAUUUCUUAUGCAAUCUUCUUAUAAUGGUCUUGAUAAUGAGACUAAGAGGAUGGUAGAUGGUGCGGCUGGCGGCUCUUUCAUGAACAAACAAACUUCUGAGGCUAUUUUACUCUUGGAUACUCUUACUGAAAAUCAAUGGAAUAGCUCUUCUAGGCGCGCAGCUCAAGCACCAAGGAAGGGGAAGCAUGAAGUUGAAACUUAUUCCCUUCUGUCAUCACAAAUCUCAGCUUUGAAUGCGGAAAUUGAUGGGAUGCGCAUGAGUGCUAAUACAUCUAUGCCAGUCAAUGCUAUGGCUACAUCUAGCCAAAGUGGAGUUGCUUGUGAUUUUUGCGGUGUGCAUGCUCAUUCUCUAAUGGAGUGUUCUGUUAAUCCCAAUGGAGCUAUGGGAGUGCCAGAGCAAGUCAAUGCUUUUCAAGCUCGUCCUCCUUUCAACAACAAUAGCUACUAUCCUGGAAUUCGAAAUCAUCCUAACUUGUCAUAUCGCAGCAACAAUGUGUUAAAUCCUCAACAGCAACACUUUCCACCGCAAGCACCACAACAACAAUAUGGGCAACAUCAAACAAUUUCAGCCCAAUCAAGGACCACCCGGUUUCCAAAGGCCUCCUCAAGGCCAUCAACAACAGCAAUUUCAGAACCAACAACCCCAAUUUGA